AAAAAAAAAUUGAAAAAGAAAAAAAAAAGAGAAAAGUGUGCACAGUCCUGGGUGAGAGCUGUUAAGCCUGCACUCGCCUUCCUGUGGCCCUGGUCUUAAACCUCAGUGUGAUUGUAGCUUGUCCAUGUGACUUGGCUUCCGUUGCUGCCUGCUUCCGCGAAGAGUAAAGAAAAAGAAGAAGAAAAAAAAAGGAGGGGGGGUCUGCUGCUUCAGUCAGAACAGAGGAGCGCAGAUGAAGUUCACACUCACGAGAACACUCUGCAACAGCGAGACAACCAGCGAUAUGGUCAGGGGAUCAACCGGCAGUGGCUUGGGAAAUCCACACCUAACCACCAGUUGAGAUGAUAAAAUGCCAGUCCACGGCUUCACUCCUGUCCUGCUCUGCUUGUUACCCAUGUGGAGACUCUUGAUACCAGUUUCAAGUCAUCCACAACACAGCCCAUGUCAACUGAUGCUAAGAACGGCUGUCUGCAAUAAUGGCAAGUUCUCGUCUGUUCCUGCAGGACUGCCUGACAACAUAGAAGAGCUUCAGCUUAACUACAAUCAUAUUAAAACACUACAGGACAACUCUCUUCUACGUUAUCCUUCACUAAACUCCCUGAGCUUGGCUUGUAAUACUUUGGACAGAUUAGAAUCAAACACUUUUCAAGACACAACAUUACUAGAAAGCCUAAAUCUUGCAAAUAACAAUCUUAACAUUGGCUACCAAGAAACUAGCCUUGCAUUAAGAAAACUACCUGGCCUAAGAAUUCUGGAUCUUUCUGAGAAUGAACUCGAUGAUGACAUGGCAUCCGUGCUUCUGCAAAAUCUAACAUCCCUGGAGUACCUCAAUCUUUCUGGAAACCUCUUAAAGAGACUGGACGAGAACUCAUUCAGGCAUCUCCACCAACUCAAAGACCUGGAUCUGCAAAGGAACACUAUAUUUGAAAUUGAUGGUGCCUUCGAUAGCAAUCCAAAUCUCCAGAGACUGAACUUGGCCUUCAACUACCUUCCUUGUCUGACCGACUUCCACAUGAUCCAGCUGGUGGUCCUCAACGCCAGCCACAACUCUGUGGAGUGGUUCAUCUCGAGACAAGAACUCAAUGACACUUUCCAACUAGAGACCCUCGAUUUGUCAAACAACAAACUACUUUUUUUCCCCUUCUUGCCCAGUCAGAGUAACUUACGGAACCUUUACCUCUCCCAGAACACUGUGAGAUUCUACGAACACUUGGCGAACAACAUUUCACUCCCAAACUCGACAAAAACCAUCGAGUUUUACAACCUGAAGAAGUACAUGAGUAAUGUGACUGCUGAGUUGUGGGAUGACGAACUUCAUGGUGACAUUUCAGUGCUGGAGAUUUUAGAUCUGAGAGGAAACCAGGUGGAGUAUUUCCCUGAAGGAUUCAUCCAAAAGAUGCCUGCCUUGUCAAGACUUCGAAUAAGUGGAAACUGCUUGGAAACCUUAAAUCUAACAUCAGCACAGCUCUCUGGAAGCUUGUAUGAGCUGGAUGUUAGCAACAACAAGCUGAACCAGAUUUUAGUAGACAAUGGCACACUCGCCACGCUUAGCAACUUGACGUACUUUAACCUGAGCCUGAAUCAUCUGAAUCAGCUGCCCUUCGGAUUUUUUUCCUCUCUGUCAAGCAUCAGGUCAGUGGAUCUCAGCUAUAACAACAUUAUCAUUUGCCUUUCGAAUGAAGCUGAGAUCAAUACGCAUAGUAUCCCAGCUUGUGUGGAUUGGAAAAACAUCAUUUCCUUGAGGCAGCUUCACCUUAAAGGAUGCAGCCUUGAAAGGAUUCCAACCUCUGCAUUCACAGGGUUGUCGCUAACCCACCUGGAACUGUCUGACAACCCUGGACUCAUCAUCCAAGACUCAUUACAAACUUUGAGCCGGACAUUACAGCAUCUAGGCUUAGGAAAUACUCAAAUACAAGACAUUGACUUCUCCCAUUUUCAGAGUCUGAAGUUUUUAAACCUUUCAAAGAACUUUCUUACCAAUAUUCCCCCUCCGAUUGACAAUAUUGAUCUGAAAGUGUUGGACUUGAGGGAUAACAAACUAUCGACUAUCCCCUCUGGUCAGGCUCAUGUACUAGCCUCAAAGCUUCAGACUAUUUUCCUCACAGGAAAUCCAUUCAACUGCUGCCAGACAGAGUGGUUCAGGACAUUUGAGAAAACAAAUCCAAACAUAUUUGAGCAGCCAGAUAUCAUGUGUCAGGAUCCGUUCAAUAUGUUCCACAGAGUACAAGACUUUAUUUCGUGUCCGGGUGAAGGGGAGUCUAUGCUGUGGUACAUUCUGCUUUUCCUACCCAUCGCUCUCUUUUUUGUGGGAAUCACCAUCAUUUUUCUCCUCACCUUCAAGCCCAAAGUGCUACAAAAAUCAAUCAAAAAGAGAUAUUUAAAACCUACAUCUUAUUAAUACUUUAUAAACCCUAAAUACAGCUGGAUUUUGCAGUACAUCACUGACAAAUGUAGCUGAAUGUAUGUUGAAAAUAAAGUCAACUGACUGUGAAACUGUCCAUAGUAAUAAACAUUUAAACAAAAGUGAGUCUGGGUUUUCACGUCACUGCAUUUUGGUCAGUGAACUGUGGUUCAAAACCAGGCCCUAGUCCUGAUACCGUGAUGUAAAAAUGUGGCUGUGUUCUUGUGGGACUUGGUAUGUGUUUGUGUGGGUGUAUGUGUGUGUGAGAAGAUAUGCAGAAGUGGUGUGAUGCAAGCUGUUGCUAUAUGCAGCAGAGGAAACAUGAAAUUUCCUGUUUUGCUAAGAUGUGCAGCAACUGCCCAGUUCUGUAUCUCAAAGAGGAGGGGUCUGCGGUUUCCUUCCCAUCACUGAGACAAAGAUGCAUCAUUGACAUGAGAUUCCAGUGUGUCAUUGUGAGGACUGGAUGUUGGAUCGCUGUAAUAAUUCUGGUGAAUCUAAUCCUGCAACUGAUAUUGAAACUAUAUGUUUACAUCUAUCAAUAAAGACAUU